GUGCACUGCUGCAUUGUAAGCGAAAGCUUCAAUGUUCCCAUCUCGAAUUUAAACUUGGAACAUUCCUACAUAGUAGCACUACGAUCUACAUACAUUUGCGCCAUUCUCUAUUGCCACGCAAGUUUCCAACAUUCCCUUCUCACAAUCUCUCUUUUUUUUUUUCUUGCGCCUUCUAAUUGUCAUCUGAUCGCAUACCUUCAUUCAGAACACCGUUUCUGUCCGAUUAGCUACAGCAACGAUUCACCUUCGUUACAGCUUCAUUAAGCAGGCCCAGCUCUUGGCUACCUAGUAGUACCUAGUACAUACUAAGCGCCAACCCAAACAUUCAUUCGUUAUCAUGUCAGAAGAAAUCGCAGCGUCCGUUGAAGAGCUGCGUUCUAACACCGGCGCCGAUGUCGAGAUGGCGGAAGGUGGUGAGGCCGAGGGAAGUACUGCUGGAAACGAAGGUGGCGAUUUGCCAUUUGCUGAGGGUGGUGAUGUUGCUCCACGCAUAAGUUAUGUUACCUAUUUAACAAGCCCGAUCGUGACCUUGGUCGUCGGCAGUGGUGAGUCGGAAACUAUACUCACUGCCCAUCAAGCCCUUCUUGCCCAGAGCCCGUUCUUCGCCGAUGCUUGCGCCGCCUUCACUGAUGAUGGAAGCCCACGACAAAUCGACCUAUCAUCUGAAGAAAUAGAUCCAAUCGGCUGCUUCCUUGAAUUCCUCUACACGGGCGACUAUUUCCCCAAGAAACUACCUGGCCAGCGAAUACUAGAACCCGAUCUGACCUUACCCGCCGUCGACGAGUCCGGAGAGCAGCUUCUCAAGCAUGCACGAGUCUAUACCAUAGCCGAGAAGUUUGGGAUAGAGAAGCUGAAGAGCCUCGCGAGCAGCAAGAUACACUGCGUCAAUUCGACUGCCAAGGGCGAAAUCACAUACGCCCGCUACAUCUACCAAUACACCAACGCAGACGAUAUAAACGUCCGCGCUCCUGUGGCCAACUUCUGGGCCACCCGCAGUCAUACCCUGCGCGCAGAGGCGGAGGCCGAGUUCCGCUCAUUGUGCUUGGAAUUUCCUCAGUUCGGAUACGAUGUGCUCACUCGUGUGUUGGACGAGAAGCUCAAGCGAGAGCGUAACGAGAAAUUGCAUCCGGCGCAAGGUAGUGGCCGUAAGCGGCCUCGUUUUAGCAACGUAGCCGUAUAAUGCGAUACUCGCUCAUGAUUCUUAUUCGCCAUCAUUCCCUCCGGCCAAGACAGCACCCAGUAUAUUGCUUGCCUAUCCCAGGUAUAUUUAGAAGUCAUAGUUGCUUCUGGGGCCCGACUAAAUCAUACCUGCCGACCCACCGCCGUUGUACUAUAAUCAUCAUCACUACCCGCCAUUUGGGGGGUUAGGGAUUGAAUAUUGGGCUUUGCAGUCUGCGACACAUAUCCUCAGGUACCUGAAAAUGGCGCCUCGAACAGGAUACCACCUUUGGGAACUACGUAAGGUAUGUAGAUGGAAAGGGGUACAUAGGUGUGCUCUGUAUUAUAGUGAACACAAAAGUUCUUUCAACAGGGACGAAUCAAUCUAUGCAUCCCAGUGAUAAAAAUCGAGAGGAAUCAUUACAAGAGCAAGAAUAGUUUCUCGAGUUGGAAUACUUGCAAUGUUUCUAGAAUGAUUCUCGCGAGUAAGGGCUUCCCGCUACGGUAGUAGUAAUAGCCCCGGGUUCACUUUUAGCAAGCGCCUACUUACCUACCUUGGUAGGUCGAUACUGAAAGGGGCUAAUAAGACCUGGAGGGCUACGAAGCUGGGCAUAUGAAAAUCCCAUCGAUGGGAUGUAUAGAUGUCAGGGGUGGUGCAGUAUAUCAUGAUGCGGCAACUAUACCUGCAUAGGUAGGUAGGUAGGUACACAUAGGU